AUGGGUGCAUACAAAUAUCUUCAAGAAAUCUACCGCAAAAAGCAAAGUGACGUGAUGCGCUUCAUUUUCCGUAUCCGCACAUGGCAUUAUCGACAAUUAGCUGCUAUUCACCGUGCACCAAAAUCAACACGACCAGAAAAAGCACGACGUGUUGGUUACAAAGCUAAAGCUGGCUAUGUUAUCUACCGAGUACGUGUCCGACGUGGUUCACGUAAGAAGCCAGUACCAAAAGGUCAAGUCUACGGUAAACCAAAACAUCAAGGUAUCAAUCAAUUGAAAUUCCAACGUUCAUUACAAUCCGUUGCUGAAGAACGUGUUGGUCGUCGUUGCCCAACAUUACGUGUACUUAACUCAUACUGGAUUGCUCAAGAUGCCACAUUCAAAUUCUAUGAGGUUAUCCUUGUAGAUCCAUGUCAUAAAGGUAUUCGACGUGACGCACGUAUUAAUUGGAUUUGUAAAGCAAAUAAGAAACAUCGUGAAUUACGUGGUUUGACAUCAGCGGGAAGAAAAUCUCGUGGACUUGGUCAUGGUCACCGCUAUUCACUCACGACAGGCGGAUCACGUCGCAAAUGCUGGAAACGCCGACAACAACUCAGUCUUCGACGAUAUCGUUAA